UCUUUGUACUAUUUAUAGGCUACUUAUAGGUACCUUAUAUUUUGUAUAGUUGCAAUAAAUUUCUUGAAUAAUCAAUUAGCUAGACAGAAGAAACACACAAUAUGGCAAAGGUUGGAGGAUCUAGAUGGUCACUUAAUGGUUUGGUGGCUCUUGUAACUGGAGGCACUUAUGGAAUUGGACAUGCAAUUGUGGAGGAGCUUUGUGAAUUUGGUGCAAAAGUGUACACCUGUUCAAGGAAUGAAUCAGUCCUCAAUGAAUGUUUGAAGAAGUGGACUGACAAAGGCCUUCAAGUAAAAGGUUGUGUAUGUGAUGUAUCAUCUAAAGAGCAAAGAGUACAACUCAUGGAAAAAGUUUCCUUGGAAUUUGAUGGAAAACUCAACAUUCUUAUAAACAAUGUUGGAACAAACAUUUGGAAGCCCACUACUGAAUAUACUGGUGAAGAAUAUGCACAUAUUAUGGCAACAAAUUUAGAAUCUUCAUUCCAUUUGUGUCAACUUGCUCAUCCUCUUCUUAAAUCAUCUGGAUCUGGGUCUAUUGUUUUCUUGUCUUCUGUUGCUGGUCUUGUCCAUCUAUCUGGUACUUCUAUUUAUGGAGCAACAAAAGGGGCAAUGAAUCAGCUUACACGAAAUUUGGCUUGUGAAUGGGCAAAAGAUGGAAUUCGUGUUAAUGGGGUUGCACCAUGGUACAUUAACACCCCCCUCGUCGAACAUGUGCUGGGGGAUAAAGAAUUUAUGGAAGGGGUAGUAUCAAGAACUCCUCUUAAGCGUCCUGGAGAAGUUGAAGAAGUUUCAUCAAUGGUAGCUUAUCUUUGUCUUCCUGCUGCUUCUUAUGUUACUGGCCAAGUUAUUGCAGUUGAUGGAGGAUUCACUGUCUAUGGCUUCCAACAGCCUGGCUAUUAAUUAUUAAUAGCCGGACAGAAAAAAAUUGCAGUCAGUUUGAUAAUAAUGAUCGAGUGAUAUUACUUCUUCAGCUCGAACUUAAGGACUUGUUUGAAAAUGGUAGUGUAGAAUUUCUAGCUACCUAGUACUUUUAUAAUAAUGUUGUAUUUAAUAUUCUCAUGUUUUGUGUUUUCGUUGAACGGAAACAAUCUCUCUGCUUUCACAAGGUAGGGAUAAGGUUGUGACUGAGUAUGUUAUUGUUAUUGUUGUAUUCUAUGUUCAUCAAGCGUGUUCUAGCUGAAACCUUCAUGAAUUAAAGUUGUUAUCAUGCCGAUGUGUUAAA